CAAGGCCGAGAUGACUUCCAAGGAGGAUGGCAAGGCGGCGCCGGGGGAAGAGCGGCGGCGCAGCCCGCUGGAUCACCUGCCGCCUCCCGCCAACUCCAACAAGCCGCUGACUCCGUUCAGCAUCGAGGACAUCCUCAACAAGCCUUCUGUGCGGAGAAGUUACUCGCUGUGCGGGGCGGCGCACCUGCUGGCGGCCGCGGACAAGCACGCGCCGGGCGGCUUGCCCCUGGCGGGCCGCGCGCUGCUCUCGCAGACCUCGCCGCUGUGCGCGCUGGAGGAGCUCGCCAGCAAGACCUUUAAGGGGCUGGAGGUCAGCGUCCUGCAGGCAGCCGAAGGCCGCGACGGGAUGACCAUCUUCGGGCAACGGCAGACCCCCAAGAAGCGGCGAAAGUCGCGAACAGCCUUCACCAACCACCAGAUCUACGAGUUGGAGAAGCGCUUCCUCUACCAGAAGUACCUGUCCCCCGCCGAUCGCGACCAAAUCGCGCAGCAGCUGGGUCUCACCAACGCUCAGGUCAUCACCUGGUUCCAGAAUCGGCGUGCCAAGCUCAAGCGGGACCUGGAGGAGAUGAAGGCCGACGUGGAGUCCGCCAAGAAACUGGGCCCCAGCGGGCAGAUGGACAUCGUGGCGCUGGCCGAACUCGAGCAGAACUCGGAGGCCGCGGGCGGCGGUGGCGGCGGCGGCGGCAGGGCCAAGUCGAGGCCUGGCUCUCCGGCGCUCCCCCCAGGCGCUCCGCAGGCCCCGGGCGCCGGGCCCCUGCAGCUCUCUCCUGGCUCCCCGCUCACGGACCAGCCGGCCAGCAGCCAGGACUGCUCAGAGGACGAGGAAGACGAAGAGAUCGACGUGGACGAUUGA